AUGCUAAGUAAUAGAGUGUGUGGAGAGUUUGAAAGUAUAUGGAGGUUUUUUUCCGAUGAUUUAAAUGUAUCUGGAAAUUAUGAUUUUGCAAGUGGAAUGCUCAAGAAUUACUGCCCUAAACCUGGAAACUGUAAUAACGACAUCGAUAAGAUUAAUGCUGGGUGUUUAUGGUUAUUUAAUCAAUUUUAUGGGAAUAGUAAUAAUUUUUCGAUUUAUGCUAAUGAAAAUAUGAAUAUUGUUGUAUACUUUAUGAUGUGGUUAGGGUAUAAGUUAAAUCAAAAACCACAAGAUGGAAUCAUCAAAAUUUACGAUUUUUAUAGUAAACAUAUGCAAAACGUCGAGGAGUAUAAAAAGUCUAUAGAUAAUGUUACGGGGUAUAUAAGUUAUAUUGAUCUUAUAAAUAAAAAAAAUAAAUUUAUGGAUAUUGAUAUUAGUGUUAUGUCUAAAUUUUAUGGUUUAUUUAAAAUCUUAUGCAAUAUGCAUAUUAAUGUUGAUAAAAAAAGCAUGGCCAAUAAAUAUUUAGAAAAUGCUGGUGAAUUUGCUGAUGAAUAUAAAAAACUUUUUAAUGAUGAUAAUAAUGUUGAUGGUAAUUCAUAUAAUCAAAUAUUGUCUACAUUAUCAAAUGAUUAUGAUUAUUUUAGAAAUAAAUAUGUUGAUUCUAGUAAACGAAGUACACUUCCAGAACUUAUAAAGGAAAAAACAACACAGGUUUCUGUAUCAGAUCCUAUAGAAACACAAGAUUUCUCCUUGAAUGAAACGUCAGAAUCAAAAUCUGAAACUGAUACAUCUAGUUCGAAAGAUGAAGUAUCAGAUUCUGAUUCAGGAUCACCAAGUUCAUCGAUAUUAAAUAAAUUAAUUUCAAUUCCAUUUAUAUUUGUUGCAACAUUAAUUUUAUUAGGAAUUUCAUAUAAGUAUUCGUUAUUCGGAUUUCGGAAACGGUCUCAAAAACAACAUUUAAGAAAAAAGAUAAAAAAAUAA